ACUACAAAUGCCGGCCUUUUCAACCAAAUUACUGUUAACAUUUGAUGGGGUUUUCGUUACUGAUGGACUAUGAGUUGCCAAGCCUUUUCAAAAAAUAUUGGUCCAGCUCUGAUUGCUUGGUUUCUCCUUAUAUUUCUUACAGUUUUGUAUUUAGUUUUUAUUUGUUGGGAUUUUAGCAAAGAAACUAGUUAUGCAUUUACUGUGUGUCAUUCUUUGCUGUUUUUCUUUGUGGUAUCUGCAUUUGGCAAGGCAACCUUCAUGGACCCUGGAUAUUAUGCUAUGGGUGCGUCGUGAACCUCACACUAACCGUUUGUAAAUAGGUGUUCCCGGUGAAAAGAUGACUACUGUUGAGAAAGGUUCCCCUCGUACUGUAAUGUAUAAGUCUGUUGACAUAAAUGGAGUCUCCACCCGUUUGAAAUGGUGUGUCACAUGUGAAUUUUACAGACCUCCUCGCUGUUCUCAUUGCUCUAUUUGCAAACAUUGUAUUGAUGUAAGUUGUUCAGUUCGCCAAAAGAUUUUCAGACGUUUGAUCAUCAUUGUCCUUGGCUGAACAAUUGUAUUGGGAAACGAAACUAUCGGUAUUUUUUCUCGUUCCUACUCACAUUAACUCUUCAUAUGAUUAUUGUUUUUGGCGUGUCCAUGACGUAUGUCCUGAUGCGUACGAAUGAACUCUCUCACUACAAAGUCAUUAUUGCGUAUCCUUUAUCUUGUGUCUUUUUAACUGUAGACAAAACUUUCAGCAUUCCUUAGCUUAUCUUUCAGCAUUGGUGUGUUAAUUUUGGUAGGCUUAUUGCUGCUUCCUGUGCUAGGUCUGACGGGAUUUCACAUUUUUUUAGUCAGCAAAGGACGAACUACAAAUGAACAGGUUACUUCAAAAUAUGAUCUUGAUAUGAACCCUUAUGAUCGCGGCCUGUGCAAGAACUGGCUACACAUUUUUUGUACCUCUCAACCACCUAUAUUGAAUCGACCAAAUGUAGCUGAAGUUGAUAUGUGGGAAAUAUCCUAUAAUGGUAAACCUAUCAAACACCGUCAAACAUCAAAUUUGCGUUCUGGUUCUAAUAACUACAAGCUUUCUGAUACUUUUAAAUCAUCUAAAAACCCGGUUGAUAUUGUUAAACAGGGAGAAGUUGUUUGUGAAAAAGUGGAUUUGGAAAAUAUAGUUAAUCACUCUUCUGAUCAACGAAACACAUCCGAAUCAAUAUCAAGUGUUCAUCAUGAAUUAAACAAUUCUCUUUCACCCAACCCACAAUCAAAAGUUUUAUCCCUUAAAGAGUUUUCAAAUGCAACCCACACUAAUGAAAACCUUAUGUCUAGAUCUCAAUCUCCUGUUUGUGGAAGGACUGGCGAAUUAAAUAAAACAAAUCCAAAUCUUGCUUUAGUAGGAACAAAGUCAAAGUCUUUAGGUAACAAAGAUCAAGGUAAAAGUCUGCUGAUUGGGACAAAUACACCGAAAUAUGUAUCAAAUGAAAAUAGUGCUAGCUUUAAUUCUAAUAUCAAUUCUGUUGUAACAUCUAAUGUCCCCACGAAAAUCAUAUCCGAUAGAGAUCGUUUCGGCACAAAAGGCGACCAUUUAACUCCACUUCUAGGAUCUCAAGCGAAUUCGGACGUUGACUUGAUUCGGGGACGUCAGUUGCAAAAACUUACCAUAGAAAACCAAAGUAAGUCGAGUAAUUCGCUUCAUCUCAGACAACAGGAUCAGAGUGCCGCUACCGAAAUUGGAAGAAGUUCUUCACGUGAUUUUUCUUCCCGUUCCAAUGAAAAUAUGUGUCCUUGUACAUCAUCUAAUUCGAUGAUGAAUAUCCGCGAUCGAGUCACCCUACCGAUAAGUUCAUAUGGUGCGCCAUUUUCUCAACCGCGUGUUGCUACUACUGAACAAUUCAGCACUCAGGAUUUUAAUGGUACACAGUGUACAUCUAAAUCUUACUCUCCUUCAACAGGUCGUGGUAUACAUUAUGUCACGUCAGCUACACUUGAUUGUUACACCCCUGAAUCUGUAAAUCUACCAACUAGCAAUAUAUCAAGGGGUUUUGUGAAAUCAAUGAGGUCUGAACAACGCCGUCAUGAAUUUCCACACCAGUUUUAUCCUCGGUCUCCUGGAAUGCAAGUAGAUCAAAGACACUUCCUACCCCAUAAUGAAGUUGCCAAUCAUUUAUCUCCACGGUCACCUCAUAGUCUUCCUCCACCCCUACCUCCUCAUGGCUCCCAGACAAAUAUUUCUCAUGCUCGUCCAUUUUGGCCUCCAGCUGUACCUCCUCACGGUAUUUCUAAAUCAGUACCAUAUUUCUUGCCGGUUGAUGCAGCUAGUCAAUUUAGUAAUACCACAACAUCCUCUAAUCUUCGUUUGGUCAAACCACCUUAUUUCAGUAAUCCUCAUGGGGUUCAAGUGGAUGGAUCUAGUUACUUCAUAGGUAGUCCACGUACAAAUGAGCAGUCAGCUUCAAAAUUUGUAUCUCAGUCAUUUGGUUCAACUCAUUGUCCUUCAAUCAUGACACAAAGUGGUUCACGUCCUACGCCACCAUUACCUCCGCAUAAUCGAAUUUCUAAACUGAAUGCACCAAUCAAUCGAAUGCAAUCAACUGGACAUAGGGAUUCUAAUCAUUUAGUAACACGAUGGCAAAAAGAUGGUGAUUCUAAUUCUCCUGAUGGGACUUUUGAAAUUUCAGUUUAGAAAAUGUGUGUUGAUAAUGCCGUUAACCUAAAAAUGAUGCUAACAUUUUUAACCAAGUUCUUUCAUUUUUUUUUGUUUUCUUCGUUGUUUUUCGUUAGUCUUUCAAAAUAUCUUUGACCACUGUAAAAUUGCUUGUCACUCAACGAAAGAAUUUAUCUUGUUGCUUUUAUAAAUCUCUACAACUUGUAUAAAUAACGUUUCUAAGCUAUAUUCUGUGACUAAUAUGUACUCUACUUGUAACGAUAUGUUCAUAAAGUUUAAUAUUUAUGAAUUUGGAAAAAAAGAUUCGUAGGCAAAUAAUCGAAUAUUCUAAACGUUAUUAUGAAAUGAACAACUAUACAUAUACUUAUGUGCAAUAAAAAAGAACCACUCUUAAUUGUUAUCUAUUUCUUCUUCAGGAUUUUACGCAUAGUUUACGUUUUAUUCACUGGAUUCUUUCUUUUAGAAAAUGCAUUAUUAUAAACUAUACAACGAAUUAUCAUUAAUAUCUAGGCUAUCAAUCAAAUCAAAGAAAAAAUAUACAAAAUUCAAACUAAGUUAUAUUUUAAAAUUUCAUACCGUUUUAUAAAUUUGUUCAGUAUUCGACAAUGUAAACAAAAUAACAAAAAAAAACUCAUGCUUGUAUAUUACAUAAUUUUUACUGUUCUUUUUAAAAAAAAUUACAAUUAUAUAUGCAUCUAUUUGUUCAUAAAUAUGUGAAUCCAAUUUCACUGAAUAAUAACGGUACAUAAAAUUGUUGCUGCUAAUGUUGAUGGGUGACCUACAACUGCCUUUAAUUUCUACAUUUGUUUGAAAGAAAAUUCCCUCUAAAUUAAAUAUUAUCAACUCUGUUGUGUUUGUAUAUCUUGUGGCCUUUUUGUUCUUAAUCAUACAAUAAAAAUAUACAUUUAUAAUAUGUUGGAUUGAUUAUUCUUAAUUAUUGAACAAGUGCUGUGUACGCCUUCAUGUAGUACGUUGUACAAUUUUCUGCUCUGUACAGAAAAUAAAAGUGAAUUAAUGC